AUGUCUCAAUGUCCUUUGGCUACUCCUGUUUACCAUCAUCAUCAUCCAUCUUCUAUAUAUCAUCAAUCUCGUGGAUUUCAGUCUGCACUAUCACAACAAACGCAGCCUAUCGUUCGUUCGCCGGUUUAUCAAUUAUCUCGCCCUGUUCAUUCAAUGCCCGAUGGAGGUAGUCAGCAACGAAAUAGUGUACUACAUCGAGCAAAAACCACAAAUUUUGAGCAACAACCAAAUCAUAACAAGUAUCCAUUGACACCUGACUCAAGAUAUAGUAGUUCAAAAAUUCAUGACGAUGGUUAUAUUGAUUUAGUUAACAAAAUGACAAGCAUGAAUGCUGCUUUUAUUCAAACUGGAGAUCAAAAUCGUCAACAGCAAGUAAACUUAAAUGAUUUAUUUUCGACAAGUUCUCCAGAUGUCUUUUAUUCUCCAAUGUCUCAUACUCAACAGCAACAACAACUUACAACUCCUCCAUCACAAAAUUUUUCAAAUGAUCAACAGGCAUUUUUCACUGACGAUAAUUAUCGAAACAACAAUAAUCAUCAUAUAACUCAGACAACGGACUUGGGUAAUUAUCGUCUUGCGUCAGUGGGUUCAUCAUCUCUAUUACGUUCGGAUAGUCGAAGUAUGUCUGUGUUACCCACCGUAUGCAAAAGUGAAGAUAAUCUGCUAUUUUCUACGAAAAAUUCAUCAUUACCAUCACUGAAUGAAAUCGGAGCAAGUUUGGCAGAUGUAGAUCGUACAACAUUUGUCAACGAUGUAAAUUCAAAAGAUUUAGUCGAUUUAGAUAUGACAAAUGCUAUCGAAGCAAGUCUCUUAGCAAAUACCCAUCAUCAUCAUCAUCAUCAUACUGGUAAAAAUGAUUUAUCACAGUCGAGUGCAAGUUUACAAAGUUUUGAUGAAGAAGAAUCGUGUUGGAUUGGUCUUAGUAGUAGUAAUAACAAUCACAACCAAUAUGUACCAUUACUUUCACAACAAACAACAAGUGCUACUACUACACAACGCCGUAAUCGUUUGUCUUAUUUUGGUGAUACAUCAACAACAACACCUUAUUUUUAUCAUCAAUCUGAUACUCCACCACCAUCGGCAUCAUUUGGUAUUACACUCGGAGCUCAUUGA